AUCGAAAAGCUUGAUAAUCCAGAUGAAUCUUUAACACUGUUUGCACCUAUAAAUUCAGUGUUCCAUAAUUCCACGAAUAAACCUAGUUAUGUGACUAGUUCAUCAGAGGAUCCUAUAAAAAAAAUACGUAACUUUGUGUUGGCACAUAUUGUUCCACAGUCAUUAAAACUUCAUAGUGGAGAUGAGCUUGAUACGUUACUUGAGGGGACAAAAAUCAGAGUGAAGGGAGCUGAUGGAAAUUUUAUAUUGAAUGAAAAAGCGAACACUAUAACGUCAGAAGAAGCA